CUCUGCAGUCACUGGUCGUGCUGUCCGCAACAUCGACACAUUCACACAAACAUACAUUCACACAAACACACACACGUGCUGCGAGUAUGAGAGUACGCGUGCUCGUGCAAGCAGUGUUAGUGUUGGUGACGGCUGUGACAUGUGGCGCUGGUGAAGCUGCGAGUGCAAGCGAGGAUGACGCAGCUGGCAAGAAACCCAUCAUUUCGGCGGACGACCACGGCAACCUGAUGCUGCAGAGUGCACGAAAUGGCACCGUCUUGGUGGAGGGCAUCGAUCUCGUUGCAUUGCUUGGACGGGUGCAAUCCAUGGAAGCAUGUGCAGCGAAGGGGAAGCUGCUGAGGGGGGACAAGUGCGUGUCUCCGAUCCCUGGCAAGGAAGCACACAACCCUGCAUCAAGCUGCGAGGAGUUGCGGCAGCUUGGAUUUGUCUCCGGCGUGUAUUUCGUGCAGCCCGAAGCGGAAACCACCCGCCACGUGUUUUGUGACAUGACCGCCGUUCCAGCCACGAAUGUAACAAACUAUGGAGGCGCCGGCGACACACGCGAGACGGCUGGAUACUCGUGCAAGACUAUUCGAGUUCUCUUUCCAAAGAAUGCAGAAGGAACAAAAUGGAUCACGAUCCGGGGAUCUGAACCAUUUCAGGUGACGUGCAAUGAUGGGUUCGUCGAGCUGGAGGUACAGGGAAGCGACUUCUCCACAACAGGUUGGAUCUUCUCUUUGGAGACGUUGAACAAUUGGUACAAGUGUGACUGCUCCACCGCCAUCGGACGCCUGCAGAACUUGACGGGGGAGUGGUACGUUGGAACAGUCCCUGCGAACGUGAAAACAAUGCAGUGCGAAGUGUACUUUGACAUCAACUACCAUUCUGGUGGUCAGGAGCUCACAGCUGAACAAGUUACACGCAUCUCCUCGCUGAGCAAGAGCAGGAGCAACCGCAACUUUGACGUGUACACGACAUCCUGUGAUGAUGAUAGUUACGCUGCGCCCAGAGGCCAUUGGAUCGCAGUCGAGACUUCUCCAGGCAGCAGCAAUUUCAACACGCAAGACUGUACCAGCGGAGAAGCUGGCGAUGUUCAAACGCGUGCAGAUGAGCCUCUGGCACACAACGUCGGCUGCUGCGACCACACAUUGACCAACACCUUUGAUUCGUUUCCGUUCCCCCUUCGUGCCUGUGCGUCCAACAACAUAGGAGGUGGCGUCGCUCUGUCGUUCAGCAAGCGCGUCCUCCGCAUUCAGGAGUGAACGGCAAGAGCUGUGUCUGGUGGUUGUGUUCCUUUGUGCACUUUCCAGCCACCUCCGCACUCUGCAGGUCGUUUGUCGCAUUCCACAUGCGACGUUCAUCUGUGCCCUGAUUCCUCCCAUGUCAAUCCGUGUGCGUGCUUUGCUCUCCUUCGUGCUGUUGCCCGACCCCACAUGCCCUCUCCUCCCUCCAUACAAGUCAUCCAAAGGCAUAGUACUGUUUCACAACAACCCAAAACAUGACGUUUAUCCUGGCAAAGGCGCGAAUCAACCAU